GGCUCCCUCUCCUCGCCCAGCCUUCGCUCCUCGCGGGGGUUACCAUAGCUACGGUGCACGCAGCAGCUGUCUCCCUUGUCGGUCGUGGCUGGCUGCGGGGUAGAGCCGGCACCAUGAGUCACGUCGUGACCAUCGAAGAGCCCCAGGCCAAGCCGCAGGUGUCUCAGACCCGGUGCGGAGGCAGGUCGGGGGCCUGGGGCAACAUCUCUGCCAAUCGAACGUAUGAUUUUCUCUACGAUCCGUUGUUUAUUGUGUCAAGUGAGAAAGACCACAACCAGGCAAAUAUUCAGGCCACCCGGAUUCGAAGCAAACUGAGAAGGGUUCCCAGGUUUAGAACCAUGUUCAGUAGCCUGUUCCAUUAUCCAAGAUAUUCUGUGUAUUGGAGCAAGGCAGAUCCCGUUCCAUCAUUCAUCAGUCGGGACUGGAAGGGACAUGAGGAGAGACACAGAGAAGCCCUCCGGCAACUUGCCGCAACAGAUGCUUCUUUUCAGAUGCCUAAAGAAGUUUAUGAAGAUCCUGAUGUUACUGGAAAGAAUCGCUAUAAAUAUUUUGAAAGGCCUUUCCUUCCAUUUUAUCAACAGAUGCCAUUCAAUGUUGUUUUUGCAUCAACCAGGGAAGAGGCAUAUACUUUUCCUCCUCCUUCUACUAAGUACCUCCCCAUUCCUUCAAAGCAUACUGUGGGCACUCAGACAGAUUAUCGGGAUGCCGAAGUUCAAACAGAGCCGUAUUCUCCAGAAUACAUCGUGUGUCAGGAUUCCAUCCCUGAACUCCUGACCCUGGCUACGCUCACUUGGGGUCGAGGUCUCCCGGCUGGACAAGCUGAGGUAGAGAUGAUAGAGCGUGCCCGGGAGAAGCGUGCUUGGGAAGCCACUCUCCCCCCUCUGAGUGACACCUCCCAGUUUGAGAAGCGGAGGAGGAUGAUGAAUGCCAUGGAGAGGAAGGAGUGGGCCUUCAGAGAGCAGGAGAUUGAAAAACUGCAGGAGAUUCGCCUGGAAGUUCUCAAAGAGCUGCUGAAGAAGCGUGACCAGAAUCAAAAUGACGUGAACAUGGCGCGCUUGAAUGCCCAGUGGUCUAAACUACAGGAGGCGAAGGAGGCAAAGUUGGCACAGAUUCAACGCACACAUGUGUCAGCAAUCAGAAAACUUAUAGGAAAGGGGAAGAAUGUAGAAGGGAAGUUGGAGAGAAGAAAUAUCAUCAAGGAUUAUUCUGAUUAUGCAUCACAGGUCUAUGGACCUCUAUCUCGCCUUGGUCGUUUUCCAGACAACAACUCAGAGGACUUUGUAGUAAAAAACCACUAUCUCAACACCUAUGAAGGGUUAGUCGAACUUGAGUCAUGUCUCCCAGAUUUUGUGACACAACCCCGAAUCAGACCUCCAAAACCAAAAGUCACUACCACCAAAGAUGGUUUUCUAAAGAGGGCUGCGAGGAUGGACCAUGAGUUGGCAGAGGUUCAUAAGGCACUGUUGGAAAAGAAGAAUAAGGGUCUUGAAGCAAAGAAACCUAUGCGUUUUCUUCAAAGAAAGCCAGUACCUCAACCUCGACUUCCAACUCCAACGUUGGAGAUGAGUUCCAAUGAAGAAGAAGAUAUAGAAAUGGCUGUGAUCUACCUUCAAAAGUUACUCCGGGGCAGAGUCGUUCAGAACAUGAUGUUUGAAGGGAAGGAGAGGCGACUGGAGUUGAUCCAGGAGCUGCGCGCCAGCCAUGCACUGCAAGAAGACGACGGGCUGGUGAAGAAAGCCGAGAAGCAGGUGAUCCUGGCCUUGCAGCGGCAGAGGAACCUGCACGAGCACAAGGUGUCACUGGUUGAAAACCACCUGGCUGGACUGGAAGGAAGGGUGCUGGCAGACAUGUUUGACUUCCUGUCCAAAGAGCUGGUGAGACUGCAAGAGGAGAGGCGGGUCCACGCCCUGGCCCUGCUGGCCGAGCGGCAGCGCCGGAUGCGCGAAGCCGAAGAGAGCGGCCGGCGCCAGGUGGAGCAGAGGCGCCUGCAGGAGGAAGACCAGAUAUUUAAGGAGGUAAUUAAAGUUCACCAAAGUACCGUAACUUCCUAUCUGGAGGAUAUAAUACUGAACACUGAAGAGAAUACUGCAGAAGAGCAAGCCAGGGCAGAAAUAGAGAAGAUGGCUGAGGAAAUCAAUGACAUUGCUUAUGAAAUGGAAAGCCGUCGAACUCAGCUUCAGUCAGAGGAGAUUGUUGCCGAGUUGGUUUAUAGUUUCCUAAUCCCAGAGGUGCAAAAGGACUUUGUCAAAGAAAAGGUGAGGAACGCACAGCAGAAGCAUAUCCUCGCAGCCCACCAGAUCAUCCACAGGCACACGGAAGACAUGCUCGAGAAGCAUUCUGUUGAGCAGCAGCGAGCAUCAGACCCUGAGCUACGUGAGGAGGAAGCUGAAAAUGAGCAAAACGAGCAAGACGGCUAAGAACAAGAUUGAGGUUUUUCUAAGAAAACUACCCUAACCACCAUCAUGGAACACUGAAUGACUUCAGAAAUUAGCUUUUGCUGCAGACUUGGUAAUGUUUUUUAAUGAAUCCAACCGAAAGUUACAAGGCAAAACAGAGCCUAUAUGUAGAAUUUAUACUAUGGUAAAGUCGUUUCAAUGGCAACUAAUGUCUGAAUCACAAGUAAUGGUAAGCUGCUUUAUAUACUUUAUGUGCUGCCAAAGCUAAUAAAACAAGGUGUCCAUUCCCAUGCAUAUUUGCAGUGAGUGUAUUUUCUCAGCUUAAAUUAUACUUCAGGAGCAUGUUUUGGACCUUGAAACAAGUGCAAAGAAAAUUUCCAUAUUUCAAAGUUAUUUAAUUGUGCAGUGGAGGCAUGUCUGCCUAACCUUCAGUUGGAGUGAUUAAUCUGUGUUAUAAUGAUGUGCUAAAAGGCAGAUAUCAAGAGAAGAAUCCAAUGGAAGUCUAUAAAUGCCUUCCAAGGAAUAUAUAUGCACUAUUAAAAGCAUAUGCUUAUGGACUGAGAUCAGUAUUGCCAGCAUCUAUCUGUGAAAGACAUUCUUUUUAAAUUGAAGAAUAGUUGAUUUACAUUUUUUGGUUUCAAGUGUGCAGCAAAGUGAUUCGGUUUUGAAAUUCUUUUCCAUUAUACAUUAUUACAAGAUAUAGAUUAUAAUUCCUUGUGCUAUACAGUAAAUCCUUAUUGUUUAUUUUAUAUAUGGAAGUGUGUACCUAUUAAUCACAUACUCCUAAUUUUUCCCUCCUGCCCCUUUCCCCUUUGGUAACCAUAAGUUUGUUUUCUAUGUCCGUGAGUCUAUUUCUGUUUUGUACUGUUUUUUUAGAUUCCACAUAUAAGUGAUGUCGUAUAAGAUUUGUCUGAAAGACAUUUUCAAAACUGCAAUGGGGGGAAGUCUCAUUACAUGUCACCAUUAACAGAUGAACAUUUGCAAUUGAUUUUAAUUAUCUGAAUCCCAAUUAAGCAAAAUGUUAUCCCCUAAAUAAGAGUUGCAUUCUUUUCUU